AUGGCGCUUCUUCCUACACGUGCCGUUACUCCCAGCUCCGGAGUGGGCGCGCCCGACCCGCAGGAGACAAGUGCCGGAACCCGGGCGUGCGGGAGGGCCGGGCCCGGGCACGCCGCGAGGCCACACCCCCCGCGCCUCCCGGCCACGCCCCUCGCCGUGGAAGCCUCGCUCGCCAUUGGGCAGCCCCGGUCACGCGGGGCGCGGGCGGUGCUGCUCUCGCGAGAAUUGCUGGGUGUAUGUAAGAAGUGCGGGCGGAAGUGCGGCCUUUUCCCGCGGCGCCGAGACGUGAGCAGGAUGAAGCUCAACAUCUCUUUCCCGGCUACUGGCUGCCAAAAGCUCAUUGAAGUGGACGAUGAGCGUAAGCUAAGGACGUUUUAUGAGAAGCGAAUGGCCACGGAGGUGCUGGCUGAUUCCCUUGGUGAGGAGUGGAAGGGAUAUGUUGUUCGGAUAAGCGGUGGCAACGACAAGCAAGGCUUCCCCAUGAAGCAGGGUGUCCUGACUCACGGACGUGUCCGCCUUCUCCUCAGCAAGGGCCACUCCUGCUAUCGCCCCAGAAGAACCGGCGAGAGAAAGCGCAAGUCUGUGCGCGGCUGCAUUGUUGAUGCAAACUUGAGUGUCCUGAACUUAGUCAUAGUGAAGAAGGGUGAAAAGGACAUUCCUGGGCUGACUGACACAACUGUGCCCCGUCGUCUUGGUCCCAAGAGGGCCAGCAGGAUCCGGAAGCUGUUCAACCUCUCCAAGGAGGACGAUGUUCGUCAGUACGUUGUGAGGAAGCCUCUGAACAAAGAGGGUAAGAAACCCAGAACGAAGGCUCCCAAGAUCCAGAGACUGGUGACUCCUCGAGUGCUGCAGCAUAAGCGCAGGCGUAUUGCCCUGAAGAAGCAGCGCACUCAGAAGAACAAGGAGGAAGCCGCAGAGUACGCGAAGCUGUUGGCCAAGAGGAUGAAGGAAGCCAAGGAGAAACGCCAGGAGCAGAUUGCCAAGAGACGCCGGCUUUCUUCUUUGAGAGCUUCUACAUCCAAGUCUGAAUCAAGUCAGAAGUAAAGAUGUUGUACAUGAUACUAAAAAGACAUUGUACAUUUAAUUACCAAUAAACUCCUUUUGUGGUGAACUUCCA